GGAAAACGUUCAGUCUGCUACAGGACUUCGGCCAGAUCAGCAGCUGGAGAAAAAAGGGGAAAAGCAGCUUCCAAAUGCAUUCCCACAAAGCCUUAUAUAAUGGUGCAAGUGAAAAAUUAAACUUGAGCUAGGAUUGUAGUUUACAAAGUUGCAAAAGUGUGUUCGAACGAGUUUGAAAAGUUACAGUUUUCAAGCUACCGCAAGUUAAGGUGUGUCAAGUAGUGAUUCUCGUUGUGCGACGAUAAAAAAGGUGAAAUGCGAUGUGAAAAAUGUAAAACCUUCGCGUUGAAUGUAAAUUAAACUACUCUUAUCAGUUAACAAUUAGUUGGUUACGCUUGUGCACGUGCCAGCAGAACCAAUUUUCACCGGUACAAGAAAGAGAAAUAAAAUGCCAGUAGAACGACAGUCCUGCCCUAAUUGCCACCCACCAGCAGACAACGAAAGCAGCAAUUAAGUAAACCAAACGAGAAACUGUGUUUACUAGAAUCACCCACGGAUUGUGCAGUUCCCUUUCCAAAAAAAAAAACUAAAAAUAAACAUGGAUCGGCAAUUAUCAACGUAGAAAAAAAAGAAGUCUCAGCGUGUGUGUACCAACAGCAACAAACCACUUCACGCAGCUCCUUCCCGUGGAGACGCUCGGUUGUUGGUGAUCAGAUCGAAUCCGUCUACUGACCCCGGCUAAAGAGAGAGAAAAAAAAUACAAACAAACCUACCAAGAUAAUGGCCGAACAGCAGCAACGGGACUCGCUGUGUCCACGGUUGAUCGACUAUCUGGCGAUAGUGGGCGCCCGGUCGGCGGUCGUAACCCGACCCAGCAACAACCCGCCCGGGGCUGGAAGCAACGUUCCGGGAAUGCAGCCGCAAGCUGGGCCCCAUUCGGCUCCACCGGUGCAGAUUCCUGAGCUGCUGCGGCGUUAUCCCCCGACGGACCACGCCGACUUCCCCCUACCGCUGGAUAUGGUUUAUUUCUGUCAGCCCGAAGGAUGCGUCAGUGUUGGCCCCCGUAGGACCGGUACGGCCGUACGCGAUGCCACCUCCUUCGUGUUUAUGCUGACCGACAAGGAUUCGGGCAAAACGCGGUACGGCAUUUGCGUGAACUUCUACCGACCGAUGGAAAAGUACGUGCCGGGAGUCAGCGGCGCAGGGAAUCCCUCAGGCAGCCGGAAGGGACGCAAUUCCACCUUCCGGCGGGAAUCCUGGCGGAAGAGUAUGGAGAAGAGUUCCGAUUCCGCCUUCUCAAGUGACUAUAGGAGUAGCAACGUGGGCCCGAGCGAUUCAUCGGAUCGAGACUGUCCGAGUCGGAGAGAUUCGGAUCCUCCCAACAAUUCCUAUUACGGAGGUUCGCAACAGCAGACGCGACUCGGUGUGACGGGGCCCUCCGGAGCGGACUCGGAGUCGGGUGGAAGUCACUCGCCAUCGCCACGUGCCUCUCGGAAGCGAUCGAAAAUCCGUAGUCAUUCGCUGACCUCGCUGUGCAUCCUUUCGCACCAUCCGUUUCUGUCGACCUUUCGGGAGUGUUUGUUUAUUUUGAAGAAGUUGAUAGAUGCCUGCAACGAUGCUUCCAGCCCCAAGCGGGUUGGAGCCUCGCGUCAGAGUGGCCGCGAUAGCGUUUGGAAUGUGCUCACUAGUCAGGUUACGGAUUCCACGCCGUCGAUUGUGCUGCACGAUGUUAAGGAGAUUGAAACGUGGAUUUUAAGGUUGCUCUCAGCACCGGUUCCGGUGCCGGGCUCAACUCGAGUUGAGGUGGAAGUGCUGUCCCCGAUCAUCCAUCAACCGUUGGUGUUUUCCCUCCCGGAUCACACUCGGUUUUCAUUCGUGGACUUUCCGCUUCACCUUCCGCUGGAGCUGCUCGGAGUCGAAACGUGCCUCAAGGUGCUGACGCUGAUUCUGCUUGAGCACAAAAUAAUAAUCCAGUCACGGGACUACAACGCCCUCUCGAUGUCGGUGAUGGCUUUGGUUAAUCUCAUCUACCCAUUGGAGUACAUGUUUCCCGUGAUUCCGCUUCUACCGACCUGCAUGGGAAGUGCCGAGCAGCUACUGCUAGCACCGACUCCAUUCAUCAUUGGACUUCCAGCAACUUUUCUACUAUAUAAGAAAAAUUUCCGACUUCCGGAUGACAUUUGGCUGGUAGAUCUUGACUCCAAUCGGUUGACCCCGGCAUCAGGGGAUGCUGAGCAAGUGCCGCCUCUGCCAGAACCGGAAGGGACCAUUCUAAAAAACCAUUUAAAACAGGCUAUGCAACUGAUGGAUCAGGCAGGAGUUGGUGCUUUAAGCUCUAUGUCGACAAGCAAUCAAGCUGCAGGGGCAUCAUCCGGUCAGCAUUCGCAGCCCGGAUCGACCCGUGGAAGCUUCAGCGGACCAAACACUGCUCCCCAGUCUUUCCCUCAGCCUUUACAAGUGCCCGGAUCAGGAAGCAAUAGCCAGCGGAGUUCGUUCUCGGGUGCAGCGGGAACGCCACGACAGCCCAGCCCGGUAGGCCAACCGCCCCCGAAUCCGUUCCUCUACGGAACUGAUGUCGACUCGGUGGAUGUGGCGACACGGGUCGCGAUGGUGCGGUUCUUCAACUCCCAGAAUACGCUGGCCAACUUUACGGAACAUACGCGCACGCUACGUUUGUACCCGCGACCCGUGGUGGCCUUUCAGAUUAACAGUUUCCUACGGUCCCGACCGAGGGCCUCCGCGUUCCUAAACCGAUUCGCUCGGACGCAGGCUGUCGAGUGGCUCGCUGAGUGGUCACUGACCCCCACCAAUGUAGCCUUCCUGAGAGUUCAAACAGGCGUCCUCGAUCCCUCGCAAGUCGGCGACAAGCCGAAGUGGUACGCGCAUACUCUAACGCCGAUCAAAUUUCCCGUUUGGGAUGAUAGUGGUUCCCUUAAUGGAGCGUUGAAAGGCCUUCAACAGCUCGAACAGCAGCCAACGGACGAAAGUGGAUCCGACUCCGAGGGGGCUGAAAGUACCAGCUCCUCGUAUUCCUCGCUGAGUGACUUCGUUUCGGAGAUGGUUUCGUCGGAUUUAUCGCCCAGCUUGCAUGACGUCUACGGUAACCAACACCACGUGCACGUUGCGCCGAAAACCAUGUCCUCCAAUCUCGAUCCGAAGCUGGUCUACCGACCGCCGAGCUCCCUGCGCUAUCCCGAGGGUAUGAAACCUCCCCAGCCGGAAGCUGACGAUGCCGAUCGGCCGGAUUCACCGGCAUCGACUUCAUCCAGCCGUUCGGAUCUCAGCAGUCCGAGCUUCAAUCGAGAUUCGGAGUUUGAGUUCAAUCCCAAGACGCGCAGCGAAGCACAAGUUCCCGUGAAACCAGCCAAAGAGCAACAGGGUAGCUUUGAGAACGAAUCCGAUUCGAAUUCGACUACCACACCGAAGACCAUCGUUUCGAAAGAGAGCGGAGGAUCGCUGGAUACGACGGAGGCCAAGAAAGGUAGAGUGGGGAAAAUUCCUCCCCCGUUGUCACCGAAUCUUGUCAAGCAGCAAAGUGGAGGGAAUCUACUGGCUAGAACUUCCAGCUCCGGUUCUACCGGUUCUAGUAGCCAUCCACCGUCGCUGGGUUCUGCCGGAUCGCAGCGUCAAAGCUCGCAAGGGUCACUUUUUGAGGUGCUAACAUCGCAAGCAAAAGAACUGGUACGUGAAACCACACGACAAAGCAGUCAGGAUGGCUUACUAGCGCACGUAGAUAAGUUGAAAGAACAAGCCAAGGAGCUUAAAGAGCAUGCCGAAGAGGAGAUGAAAAUUCUCGCUCCUUUGGAACAGUUAACGCUGCAUGCGAAAAAAGCCGCUGAAGAAGCCUCCAAGCAGGCACUGGAAGCAUCCAAGCAGGCCGCUGGGGUCAGUAAAAACACCCUCGAUGAUUUGACGUACGUCGGCAAAUCGACGUUCGGUGAUUUGACGAAAACGGCUAAGGAGGCUGCCGCUAAGAAAGGUUUGCUACAUCAGACCGGUCAGCAGGGUGCGAAUGCCCCCCAUGGUUCCCAGACGGUGUCGCCCUCGGGAAGUACGAUAGCGACCACCAACGCGUCACUGUUUUCCUCGAUCACGAGUGACUUCAACGGAAUUGCUCAAUCGACUUCCAGCAUGUUCUCCGAUUUGUUCAGUAGUAAACAGAGCAAACAGAGUGGCCAACAGGCGGCGCAAGGUCGCGCCCCUGGCGCCGGAAACGUACCUCCCAAUCAGUAUCAGCAGCAAAGCAAGAUUAAAGAUAAGCUGUCCUUCGAUCCUUUCCCUGGACGAAAGGGACUGGUGGAGCGAACCCCGCUGAUUAGACAUUCCGGUCCCAAACAGACCCAGGAGGAGAUCCAACGUCUGCAGAAUGCCGAACGUUCGUCUAGCAAUUCGGAAAAUCAAGCGUUCCUGAAAGAUUUGGUUAACCAGGUACUUGCCGGCGAGGGCGUUGGCUGGCUCAAGUUGAAUCGACUGAAGAAGCUGAUGGAGGAUGAAUCGUAUCGCAUGCUGGUGCUGGGUAAGCUGAACCGCACCCUGGAGCGGAAGAUCGGCCCGGACGAUCAUAUAGACGAUGUGUGCAUCUCGAAACCGGUUUACAAGGGAACGCUCAAGUGCUUGCUGGCGAUCACUCAUGGGCUGGAGAAUACGGUGGCGAACUUCGGACUGGGCGGAAUGGCGUCCGUGUUUCAAAUGAUGGAGAUUGCCCACACACACUACUGGAGUAAGGACUUGACGGACAAUACGGCCGACCUGUCCACUAGCUUGCUGUCCAGUCGGUCGGUCAGUCCGAUGGGAAGUCGGGAGAAUCUACGGUCGCCACAAAGUCCUGCUGAACCUGCGGACUGGAGUUCCACCGGGGGAUCCCGCAAGAACUCGACCGUGCUGAACGAACCUGUGAUAUCGCGACGACCUUCCGAGCAGGACACCGAGAACCAAUCGACGACGGAGAUGUUCAAGGACAUGUUGACCCAGAAGCGCAACAUGCUGCUCAGCAAGUUGACUUCGUUCGACUCCGAGCCCGGGGGUGGAGUUCACGGAUCAUCCAGUGCACUCUCGGUGGCCAGUGAUGUGCUGCCCCAGCAGCAGUCCGGCAGCUCGUUGAUACCGUCGAUAUCGUGCCGCUCGACGGUGUCCGAUACGGAGUACGAGAAACAGCACCCGAAGGGAUCAUCGACUCUGAAGGAUGCCAAGAAGAUGGCCGGAGGACUAUUCUCAGGAAAAUCUUCGCUAAGCGCUGGCUUCCGGUACACCGGAGGGAACCUCAUUCCAACAUCGAACUCUCCAUCACCCGACGCACCUCGAGUGUAUCUGUUCGAGGGCUUACUGGGUCGGGAACGGUCAAACGUCUGGGAUCAGAUGCAGUUCUGGGAGGACGCAUUCCUCGACGCAGUCAGUCAAGAGCGAGAUAUGAUCGGAAUGGACCAAGGACCGGGCGAAAUGAUGGAGCGGUACAAAUCGCUGUCGGAAUCGGAACGUAAACGGCUCGAGCACGACGAAGAUCGGCUGCUGUCUACCAUGUUGUACAAUCUGACCGCCAUUCUGGUGAUGCUCAACUGCAACAAGCUGGAGAUUAAGCGGAAAAUUCGCCGACUGCUGGGCAAAAGCCAUAUCGGGCUGAUCUACGCCCAGGAGGUUAAUCUGCUGCUGGAUCAGAUUAAUAAUUUACACGGUAACGAUAUCGACCUGAAACCGCUGGGUUCCAGAUUGCUACAUCGUCAGAGCUUCACCGUCCAUCAGGGAGUUGAUGCCACAGGUCCGCUGCGCUUUAUGGAGGUUCGUGACGAUGGAUUGGUUCUGCGUUCGGUCAACGGAAGCAUAGUGGAGCGUUGGUGGUUCGAACGGUUAGUUAACAUGACGUACUCUCCGAAGACGCGGGUUCUCUGCCUGUGGCGUCGAAAUGGGGGACAAACCCAACUUCACAAGUAUUACACCAGAAAGUGCAAGGAGUUGUACACCGCCAUCAAGGAGGCCAUGGAACGGGGAGGUUGCACCGGUCAGGGGCCGGAACUAGGCGGUGAGUUUCCCGUGCAAGACUUGAACACCGGUGAGGGUGGCCUGAUGCAGAUCUGCCUGGAAGGAGUGGGACUUUUGUUUGCCAACAGCAAGGACUUUGAGUUUUUCAUCCGGCUGGAGCAUAUCAAGAAAUGUUUCACCCAGAAGGGCGGAGUUUUCAUACUGGAGGAGUACAAUCCUAAAACGCGCCAGUUGAUUCAGCGAAAAUUCCAAUCGAAUUUGGCCGACGACAUUUGCUACUCGGUGCUGUGCGUCUUCUCGUAUGUAGCCGCCGGCCAGGAAUGGCAGAAAAAGUACCCGGCAAUCAGCGUGGCCGGUCCGGCGGGUUUUGCCGCCGCCCAACAGAUGGUGACAACAACGGCGGCCGCCUCGAAGCAACAGGUGACACAUCAAGCCCCUCCGGCAGCAAAACUUGCUACCCAACCUGUCCAGCCGCCAAACCAGCAGCAGGCCAACCAUAGAGUCCAGCAGGCGCAUCUGCCACCGCAAGUAUCACCCAAGCUGCAAACAAUCAUCAGCAAACCUGUCCCCCAGCAGCAACAGCAGCAGCAACAACCCGUUAGCAAGCCCCAGCCUCAAGCUCAAGCUCAAACGAUCGAAAAAUCCCCAUCAGCAAAUCCUACUCCCACCCCGCUUAAGCAACAACCUCCAUCCCUGCCAGCUCGACCUGUACCAGCAACAGCAUCAUCAGCAGCAGCUUCUUCAUCAUUACCGUCAUCUCCUUCCUCCACCUCCAGUGAACCACCCAAAAUGAAAGCUCCAGUGCUACCGCAAUCGUCCCGGCUGCCGCAGCAAUCAUCCUUGCCGAAUCGGGGCCCACCACCGGCGAUCCCACCACGAAUCGGUCUCGGGCAGCGUUCGGGAUCAGUGCAGAUCCCUUCCAGCAGCUCGAUGACCGGCAGCAGUCCCCUUCGGCAGUUGAAACGCCAAGCGUCGGCCGCAUCUCCACCAGCACUGCUGAGCCAAUCUCCACCGGCAGCCGCCCACAGACCACAGCCUGGUGGCAACUCCUUCCGGAGGACUUAGAACUUUAGCAGCGUUCAAUAUCAAGUUACCAAAACUAGAAAAACGUAUCAAUCAACAGCAAUGUUGAACCCUUUUUGUUUUUAGAUAGAGGGAACCAAACUUAUUAUCAAAUUAAUUGUACAACAGAUCCAUAUAGAAUGUUUGAAAAAAUUACAAUCGAUGUUCGUUACCAGCUGUGAAACAAACAAAAAUCGCAAUAAAUCCCCGUUGGAAUCCUACACAACUAUGUAACCGGUCUGGCAGAUCCUCUCAGGUUCUGAUGGAACUUUUACCCAAAGUUUCACUCAAAAUCAGAAAGGUUUGCUUGCACGAUUCACUCCAUUUUCCUCGAGAAAAAAACUAUUUCCUUCCCUGUACUUUCUGUUCCACCCCCUCCUCUAUCCCGUGUGCUUAGUAGGUUAAAUAGGGUAAGAAAGAUGAAAUUAUAUCUCUAUUAUCACUUACAAUGAAGGAGGAGAGGCUUUAAAACACGCCGCAAAGUAAGAGACAGAAACUAAAAUAAUGUAAUUUUUGUGAUACAUGUUGUUUUCGAUCAACGCUUUAAAAUCUGUUUUCUUUUCUGUUUGUUUUUAGUAACCUUCGUAAGGUAAAGCAUGUUAGAAAGUAGCUCUUUAUGGUGUUACAGACUGUUAACGACGAGGACAGGCAAAUACGGGCAAAUGUCUAGAAAUGAGUUACGGAAAAAAAUAAAUGAUAUCAAUAGAAGUACGAGCAACAAGAAACAAACAAAAAUUACCGCUCCGGGUGA